AUGACUUUCGAACGGUGCUCAGGAAACGUAGAGAUCAUAUCCUGCUUCCCGACGACCAUGGACGAACUCCACCAGAAAACAUCCGGCGAGCUCCGCAGCUUGGCUAACGAGCACUUCCACAUGAAGCAGUGCCUGGCGGCUGUGGAGCUCUACGACCUGAGCAUUUCGAAGGCUGACAAUGACACGGACAAGCUUCUGGCUCUCGGCAACGCAUCGGAGUGCUACCUUGAGCUCGAGAACUUCUUCCUUGCCCUUCAGAACGCGGAGAAGGCUCUGGCGCUCGCGGAUGCCACGGAGAACGUCCCCACCUCGGUGAAGUUGCUGACAAGGAAAGGGCGAGCUCUCCAUGGCAUGCUCAAAUACAAAGAUGCAAUGCAGGCAUACAAGCUAGCUCUCUCUCGCUGCAGCAUUGAGCAACGGGCUGGCAUCAUCAAGCUCAUGGACAAGAGCGAAGAACGCGACAUCUCCGACGACCUCCACCGCUACCUGAGCCGAGGCUGCAAGAGCAACGACGCUCCAACUUUCCUGGACUUUGUCGGGCCAGUGAAGUUUCGGAGCCGUAGAGAUGGUGGCAUUCGCCUAUUCGCCACCGAGGACAUCGAGGCCGGGAAGAUCGUCCUUCUGAGCAACGCACUGGGCUACGUCCGUGACAUGUACACUGAGCAUGCCGUCGUCGACGUCUACGUCAAGCUCGUACAAGCCGCACUGAAGUCUCCGAGAACUUCGCUGCAGCUCCAUUACCUUUGGAGGAAGAUUUUCGACGAGGAUAAGGCUGGGAUCCCACCAAUGCGAGUGUUCAUGCCAAACUCCGAUAUUGACUGGACAGAGAAGCGUGCCGUGGAGACGGACAAGAUCAGGCACAUUCUCGAGCACAACUUCAAGCUGGGCUUUGUCGGGGGCGUGUGGACGCUGCCGGGGUUCAUCGCACACAGCUGCAGGGGAAACUUAUGCGUGGUGCAAGUUGGACCCGCCAAGAUCUUCCGGGCGACUUUGGACAUCGAAAAGGGAGAGGAGCUCACGUACUCUUAUGCUCCCUCUUUCGAGAUCCUUCCUGUGGGCCUCCGCCAAGAGUUUAUCAGCUGGUGCCGGUGCAGGCGGUGCACGAUCGAGAUGCUCUACCGGCGAUGCGGCGGUCCCUACGAGAGCCUGUGCCUUCGUUACCAAAAGCAUCUGAGUGAGUACAGGAGAGUCACCGAAGUGAAAACCAAGAACAGGCGACAGUUCAUGGUAGAGCAAGAGCUCGUCCAGGUGGCAAUAGACUCAGAGGAGAUCCUCAAGCACACGAACGAGAGCACGACGAACAAGACGGUCCUACGCAUGUCCUUCGCUUCAGCGUACCUCCUCUACUUUCUCUACAAGGAUUCUGCCCGCCAGGAAGCCGUCGACGUGAUGCCGAAGGAUAGCGAGUUCUGCAUGGAUUUCAUGAACGCUACCGUGACGAACCUCGAGAGCUUGGAGACGCUCACAGCAGGGCUUUUUCCCAUGGCGUUCUACCCGACGAUGACGAAGAAGAAGGAGGACCUCAGGACCAUGGCGGAUUGGUGCAUCGACUACUGCUUCCAGAUGCGCUACGGAGCGUCGAUGACGAAGAGCGCGAGGGUCAAAUUCCUGAAAUGGUUGCAGAGCGAUGAGCCGGACAAAGCCAGGCGUGCCUGA